AUGGCACCUGCGUGGGCAGAGCCGGCUCACCGCAGCGAGGACUCUGAGAGCGGUGUUGCAACAAGGGAGCUGAGUACCAAGCUAGAGCCGAACCUUCUGCGCGGUGUGCCUCUGCAUGUGGCACUGACUGGCUGGGGGCGGCACUGGAAAAAUUCGGAGAGUGGCAUGUUCACGCUGGAGCGGCCCGGGCCGCAGGAGGCGGAGCGAGCGCAGCGAUACUCGUACGAGCUGAGCUGCCCCACGGCUUCCUUGGAUGCCUUCCUCAGCCACGACUGGGCCUCGAACGCACGGCUCAAGGUCUUGUCGUUGGUCAUCAUCUACAACUCGCGAGCUGCUUUCCUGGCAUGCCUUGCUGUCAGCAUCCUCGUGGGAGUCCUGAGAGCAGCAGGGCUGCUUCCUGCUGAGAUCUGGAUGGCCACCUUCGGCCACCUCAGCUUCUUCCUUGUCCUGGCUCUCUGGCAGCGCAUCCGGAUGCUCUUCUGCAGGCCUCAACUGGUGUUUUUGGACAAGCUUUGCAUCUCGCAGCAGGACGAGCAGUUGAAGCAAGCCGGCAUCCUGGGCAUAGCUGGAUUCCUGAUGGCUUCGAGGAAGUUGAUCGUCCUCUGGUCGCCGCGCACCUUUUUGCGCGUUUGGUGCGGCUUCGAGAUUGGAACAUUCCUCAGGGAUCGGCAGAGCCGAAUUCAGAUCAUGCCGUUGAAGACGGGUGCCCUGCUGCUGCUGGGAUCUCUCUGCUGGCAUCUGCUGAGCUUGUGCUUCCACGUCUUCUCGAAGUCGGAGGAUUCCCUGCUAGACUUCAAGGUGAACUUCAAUGUCCUGGCAUUGGUUUCGGCUCUGAUGAUCCUGGUCUUCGCCUUGGUCCUGCCGCUGGUGUAUGCCAUCGGCAUUGAGCUGAUGCGCGAACUCGCGGGGUUGCCGCAGCAGCUGGCCCAGUUCCGCAUGCAGGAUGCAACCUGUUUCUGUUGUUCCAAUGGCCAUGCACAUCCCCAAACGGGAGAUCCCAUACCAUGCGACCGGCAGCUCGUGUUCAAGCUGCUGCACAAGUGGUAUGGCAGGGAUGAGGAUGGAGCAGAGCUCAUGGACGAGGAUGCCUUGGAGUCUUUCAAUGCCAUGGUGCGCAAGCAGCUUGCUCCCCGUGUCGUUUCUGGUUUGGGGGCGAGCACGCUGCCGCUUCCAUACACCGUGUACAUGGUCGGCAGCUGCUGCCUGCCGUACCUGUCGCUCUACAUUCCGCUCUGGCUUGAAGAAGGUCGAUCUGGCUUCGGCUUCGAGCUCUUCGCCAAAAGCAUAAGGCUUCUUCUGGACUGGGCAAUCGUCGGAGUUGCGAGCGUCUUCUUCACCAGGCUGUCACUACUUCUUUGGAGGGUAGGUCUGAGCCUACAAAGGUGUGAGGCCUGGGGGAAGGGUGCGGUGGUCGCAGUGCUGGUUCUUAGUGGCCUGGCGUUGCUGCUGCUUCUCUGGAUUCCAUUCGAGCUCUCGAUGUUUGCCACGAGCGAGACAAGCUUGCUUCCGCUGCUUCCUUUCCUCGGAGCCCUGGUGGCCACCUUCGGCGUCUUCUCCCUGGGUGGCCUGGGCCGCCUGGGCCUGCAAGAGAUGGAAGUGGAAGCAGGACGCUGCUGUCCUCCCGGAGACAUCGUUGAGCGCCAGGACAGCGAAGGAUCGAUGUUCGAGGGUAGCGGGAAAGAUUCCUGCAUCCUCGCUGAAGCGGCUGCUGAGACGAUCACUCUGCAGAGUUUGAACUAUUUCUCGCGACCUCACGAUGGUGAGAUCAGGAUGGAUCCCAUCGAAGGACGAGCAGCUUGGCUUGGAGGGGUACUUGAGCCCCAGGAUUGGAUGGUCAGUCUAACGGCCCAAGAUGCUGAAGACCUUGACCUUGAAAUUCAGCGUUUGGACAAGAGUGGCAAGAGCAUCGACCAGCUGCGUAGAUCAGACCUGCAAUAUUCGGACAGGUUCAUUGCCAAAGUCGACUCUUGGCGUAAUGAGCUGAACCCUAGGCAGCACGAUGGCCUUGGCUUUGUGGUAGUGCGUGGAGUGCCGACGCAUCGGUGGACCGAGCAUCAGUCGGAGCUCUUCUUUUGGUCCUUGGGUCAAUUGCUGGGCAUUCCUGGUGCCCAGUCUGGGCGUGGAGAACUUCUGGGCCACGUCCGUAAUGAAUACCAUGGGCAGAACACGACCGGCUUGCACGAGCGCCAGUACCGUACUAAUGAAGACAUCUUCUUCCACUGCGAUGCUGCCGAUGUGGUCGGUUUGCUGUGUUUGAGACCUGCUAAGAAAGGAGGUGCAUCUCGGAUCGCCAGCAGUGUUACUAUCUACAACGAGAUGCUCAAAAGGCGACCAGACCUCAUCCCUCGAUUCUACGAGGAUUUCUACUUGGACACCCGCGGCGAUGGAGGCACCAGGCACGUGCCCAUCAGGCCUGUGAGCUACUACAAGGGGGAUCUGAAGACCUUCUGGCACACCGGCUACUAUCGAUCGGUGUGGGACUACGACUUCAUGCCUGAAAUCGAUCCUACGACGCUGGAGGCGAUCAAGGUUUAUGACGAGAUUGCCAAUGAUCCGGCUAUCCAGCUUACCAUGCAGUUCCAGCCAGGAGAUAUUAGCAACCACUACAUUGUCCAUGCCCGUGGUCCCUUCGAAGACCAGGAGGACCCGAAACUCCGGCGACAUCUGCUCCGGCUCUGGCUCUCCCUCGAGAAUCGAGAGAGGGACAGCAGGGAAGUGCUCCUCAAGGAAGUGGAGCGAGUCAAACUCCUCUCCAAGCUCAUCGCUGUCAGGCUGCGGAACCUGGCCUCCAAGCUCGGCUUGCUAGCGAACGGAAAUCUAAGCUCUAGGCUUUCAGAGGACACAGGUAAAGAUGAGUUCAGCGACAUGCCGAAAACAAUGAGCUGCUCUGCCCUGUGGUGGAAGUCCGACAAUGCCCUCCCUGUGUUGCACAAUACGCUGAUCUUCGCCGCUUCACCGCUUCUGCUCGAGCGGCCGCGUGUCGGACGCUUCGAAGGGUUGUACCGAUUCACCGAUCCGACUCGGGCCAACUUACCCGCCAACUCGGUGUUCUCCGAAGAAAGAUUCCGAGGCUUCGGCGGCAGCAACGGCAGCAGCCACCGGUACAACCGAGCCAACUACCUCUUCGAUGCCGGCCUACGAUUCUCCCGGUACACGGCAGGGUACAACUUUGCCAUGGCCCAGGCAACGCAGUACCGACAAGAUAUCCGAGAUCUCACAGCCCUGACCGUUACCAAGAUGGAUACCUACCAUGUGAUCGGCGUGAUCUUUUUCGUGUUGAACUUCCAAUUGAUCAUGGCUGGACGUCUCGGCGUCCACGGCCCCUCCCCUCCUGGGUAUAUCAUGGGGAUCUACUGGGUGUGCUCCACAAGUGCUCUCAUGUUCCUCUGCGUGCUCAUUUGGUUCACCCUGCACGCAUCAGCCCGCGCCACCGCUGGCAUGGCCCACAUGUUGACGCGCAGCGUGCGUCUGCCCAUCCCUACGCCCAAGCAGCUUGACAAGGCGCGACGCACUGGAAACAUGUUUGAGAAGCAACGGGUCACGGACGUCUUCCGCGUUCCCUUCGUGGUGCCUGCACCCAAGGAACCCUCUGCGGAGGAGGGUGCCGACCCGGCCAAAAAGAACACCGCAGCUCCGGGAAAGAGCGGCACCCAGCGCAGGAUGCCGAAGUGGUACCAGGACGAGACGAAGGAUCUCAACAGCUCCAAAGGUGGAGCACCGGCGGCCACCCGGGGUGCGAAUCCAGAGCACUUCGAGCUCUACCGCGGCCUGCAACAGGAAUGGGCCGUGCACGACUGCUACGCUCGCAUUGGCAUCCUCUAUUUCUUCUCCCAUUGGAUCACGGCAGCGGCGAUCUACACUCAGUGCCAUUGCUUCGGCGAGUUGCGCGCAAUCUGGCCGGCCUGGAGCGCGAGCACGGUCUUCUGUGUGGCGCAUUGGUGCAUGCUGAAACUGGACAUCCAAGAGGAGUCCGACAGCAAGUUCCUGGCGCAGAUUCCCAUUGAAAAUGCCGUGCCCUUCACGCCGAUUCUCCUGGUGGCUGCUAUGAGCCUGGAUUACUCCGUGCUGGUGCCCAACGACGGAUGGAUCGCGCUCAUCUACGUCAUCGCAUGGGUGGCGUACAUCAUACACUUCGUAUGGGCUUUGAGGCUUUUCGAGCUUGCCAUGCCGCAUCCGCAGGCAGAUCCGCCCGAGGUUGCCGGCAAGCCAUGGACGCCCGGUGAGUGGUGGCUGCCUCGUGCGUUCGCCAGCACUGUCUACAUCGUGGCACCGCCGAAGCAGCUCGAACCUGGAAACGUUUGCUUGCAGCAGGAGAUGAAGGCAGCCAAGGGCGGCAAGGGAGCCACUGUGCCACAAAAGAAGGCCCGCGAGGCCGGCCCCAUGCUCUACCCGUGGAAGCUCUUCCGUGGGGCCAUCCUCACCAACAUCAGCCUGUGGAUCUUCAUCAUGUUCGGCCGCGUCUUCGACCAGGUGCACGGCGAGCGGCAGCUGCUGAAGCAGGAGGGGCGCGUGAUGCGCUGGCCCUCCCACAUGCAGCCCUGGACUACGCCCUGGACCCGCAACGGCACGCGCAACGAAUGGGCCCACACCGGUGGCUCAGAUCGCCGGCUGAUGGACCAACCGUACUUCGUCCGGCAGGACGAGAAGGUCUCGGCCGUCGCCGAGCGCCUCGCCGCAUCCUUGGGAGCUUUGGCCGAGGCGCUGGAGGAGCGCGAGGAGGUGUCAUCCCACGCCCCGGGCUUCCAUGGCGGCGUGGCCGCCUUUGCAGAGGAUCUGCUGCGGCCCCUCUCCCACGAAGGGCACGGAGCCCUCAUCCACUUGCCGAAGGAGGUUUCUCUGAAGCUUUCCACCAAGAUCCAUAGCAAGUUCAUCCUUGAAGGGCUUCAAACCUUGGGCUCGGUGCUCGGGGCCUCCUGGACGCCACGCGGCCUUCUGGUUGCCACAGACUCGGGUUCCGUCGCAGAGUGCAGCGGGCUGCCUGAGCAGGGACGGUGGCCCUGCCAGCAGGUUGCCGAUCGGCUGCCCUUCGGCCGCCUUUCGGCCGCUGCCGCCGUUCGGCUUCCCGGCGGAUCUUUCCGCGCUGCUGUCUCCGCACAAGGCGAAGAUGAGGUCGUCGUCCUCGAGGCCGACCUCCAUGGGAAGUCUUGGACUCCGGCCGGGGAGGUGCGCCUCCCGCACGAGAAGAUGAGCCAUCGCUUCUCCUUCGACGCGCAAGGUGAGGAGCUGCUUGCCUCCUCGCAUCACGGUGCCUUGAAGUGGCGGCUCGGGGAUCUCAAGUGA